ACAAGGUAUAUUUUAUUUCAGCUAAAAUGUCUUCACGAAAAACUGCUGGACGUCGUGGAACCACCAAGAAGAGAGCGCAAAGAGCUACUAGCAAUGUCUUUGCUAUGUUUAACCAGGACCAGAUCCAGGAGUUCAAGGAGGCCUUCAACAUGAUCGACCACAACAGGGACGGGUUCAUCGACAAGGAGGAUCUUCACGACAUGCUCGCUUCUCUUGGCAAGGACCCUACUGAUGAGUACCUGGAGGACAUGAUGAACGAGGCUCCUGGACCAAUCAACUUCACCAUGUUCCUGACUAUGUUCGGAGAGAGAUUACAGGGGACCGACCCCGAGGAUGUGAUCAGAAACGCCUUCGGUUGCUUUGACGAGGAGAAUGUGGGUAUGCUCUCCGAGGAUAAAUUGAGGGAGCUCCUCACCACCAUCGGGGACAGGUUUACGGACGAGGAUGUCGAUGAUAUGUACCGUGAAGCUCCGAUCAAGAACGGGAUGUUUGAUUAUAUUGAGUUUACCAGAAUACUGAAACACGGAGCUCAGGAAAAUGAUGAAGCAUAAAAUCGGAGAAGCAUUGUUGACUAUAUAGACUCUUUAUGUACACUUUAAAGAGUUACUGCUGUACUGUACUGUACUGUACUGUACUGUACUGUACUGUACUGUACUGUACUGUACUGUACUGUACUGUACUGUACUGUACUGUGCUGUGCUGUACUCAUUCCAGAGCCAUCUAUGGAGUUCUCCACAAUUUUCUACUUUUUAUAAUGAUAAGUCUGUCAUUUAUAUAAUUUAUAUGAAACUAACCCUAGUAUUUAAUAUUUAUG